GCCAUCCUCUGCUAGCCCGAAAGCCCAGCCUCCUCGAGUAGCUGGUGCAGUUUGAUAACACGGACCAGGCAGGACUGGAUAGCUACAGGAUUUCAGUGUUUGCAGCGAUACUAGAUACUUUGUUUAAUAGCAUGAUUCGUGUACGAGCAUCGUAGCUAGCUGAAACGCGAUAGCUCCAAGGCGCUCUUUUGGCAAGUCGCCUGUUUUAACCCAUCUAUUGUUGCGCGCGUCUGCCAGCGUUUUGAUUACAGUGAGUAGGAAGGAAGAAAACGCACACACCCCUCCGCUCUUAUGGUAGUGACUAGAGGGAGGCUCGGGAAAAAGAAAGAAUAGGUAGAGAGAUCUCGAUUGUUGUCUUUUGGAAAGUUGAAUCUACUUCCGAGGAUAAAGGUUGGUCAUCCCAAUGGCGUCAAUUUCGAAGGUGUCCAUCCUGGAUUACUUCAACAUCGUGUUCGAGGGGGAGAACGGCAAGAUCGAGUCCAACUGUAAAGCAUGCGGCACCAGGAUACAGGCGAAGAGGAGCGUCACAUCCAACUUCGUCACACAUCUCAAGAGGAAGCACCAGGCGAUGUACGAUGAGUUUGUAAAGAAGAAGGAUAUGAAGCGAGAAGCCUACUCCUCAUCUUCCUCCUCCCUCCAUCCCUACUCCUCAUCCUCCCUUCACAGCCUGGCCAAUGGAGGAGGCCAUCGCUGCAAUCACUCCACCGCUGGAGGGGUGGGAGUGGGGGGAGGGGGAGGAAGAGAGGGAGCAGGAGAAGGGGUGACGAAGUUCCACAGACACGACCCUCGCCAGGUGCUGAUCUCGGAGGCGAUAGCGAAGAUGCUGGUCCAGGACCUCCAGCCUGCCUCCCUGGUGGAUCUCAGAGGAUUCAGAGAGUUACUGCAGCUGUUAGAGCCUCGCUAUACCCCCGAGCCCCCCAGAUACCUCCACACCCAGCUCCUCCCAGCCUACGCCUACCAGGCCCAGCUGGCCACCAGACAGGCCCUGGCCUCAGCCCUCUCUCUCAGCCUCUCUGUCUCCCUCUGGAGGGGUUUCCUUGGGACCGCAGCAGGGGUUAACACUGGGUACCUGGGGGUGACCUGCCACUUCCUGUCGUCUGAUUGGCAGAUGCGUUCCGCCCUGUUGGCCUGCCUGCCUCUGGUUGGUGGGCUCUCGGCCAAUCGCGUGCUAGCAGAGUUCGAGGAGGUGUGUGUGGCGCACGGCGUUUCAGGCCGAGCGUUCCGUGUCGUGGCUGACCCAUUUCCCGCUGAAACUCACCCCUCAUGCCGCCUACCAGGGUUCUGUAUCCACGGCAACCCGGGAGAUGAUGCCGACGAGGAAGAGGAGGAGAGUGGGGAUGAAGGAGGAGAGAGGGACGGAGAGGUAGAACAGGAGGACUGGUGGGAGGGAGGUCUGGGGUCUGGCAGGAUCGACUGUUUCUGUUGUUCUCUGGGUCAGUGUGUGAGAGAUGGACUGCUCUCCUCCUCUCCUCUCCUCUCCUCCACCCUGGCUAAAGCCUCAUCCUUCUAUAACUAUGUCACCUCUGCCGUGCCACACGACAAACUGGUGGGCCUGUUGGGAGGGGGGUUGGGGGGGGCGGUGAGCAGCAGGGCUGGAGAGCGAGACUGGGCCGUACAACUCAAGGUGUUGCGUGGUCUUCUGGACUCAGCAGAGUUCUUGGAGGAUGUGUCUGACCGGGCUGACCUGGUGCUGAGUGGCCAGGAGGUGGCGCUGCUCAGAGAACUGACAGACACACUGGAACCCUUUACUGAGGCCUGGGACAUGGUGCACACACACAGACAGGGUGACAGACACGUCUCCAUCAGUCUGGCUCUGCCCUGUGUCCUGGGGCUCCGUAAGCACCUGUCAGAGUGCGUCUCCCCCCAGCUACCCUGCCUGCUGCUGGGCUUGUCUCAAGCCGUAGAGCGCCGCCUGGCUCCCAUCCUGGAGGACCCUCUGUACGUCACCGCCACCACCCUGGACCCACAGUUCAAACUCACCUGGAGCUCAGACCCUGACUGGCACAGACAGGUCCUCCUGGACGAGGUCACCAAACACACACAAACACAGGGCCCCAGCAUGGAGCUCACAACCCAGACCCAGUCCCCUGUCGCAGCUUUGUCCCCAGCCUCGUCCCCUCUUCCCUCCUCCACUUCGCUCAGCAGGCCCUGCAAGCUGUUCUCCUUCAUCAAGCAAAGGCCCACGGCACAGGCAAAGAGCGUGGAGCAGGAGCUGGCAGGGUACCUGCGUGAGGAGCCCACUGAGGAGGAGCCUCUCCACUACUGGAGACGAAAGACUAUAGACUUCCCUCAGCUCAGCCAGGUGGCCAAGCGGGCAUUUACUGUGCCGGCUGGGACCUCCACCGUGGAGACCAUCUUUACCUCGGCCAGACACUGGCUCCAACCCGGCAGAGGCAGGGCUCUCCCCAAAAACCUUGAGACACUCAUCUAUCUCAAAACCAACUAUAGGUUACUGUGGACUUAAUGGAUCAGCCCUACACCCGAGGCACUAACAGAGCUACAGAGGCACUAACAGAGCUACAGAGGCACUAACACAGCUACAGAGACACAAACACAGCUACAGAGGCACUAACACAGCUACAGAGGCACUAACACAGCUACAGAGGCACUAACACAGCUACAGAGGCACUAACACAGCUACAGAGGCACUAACACAGCUACAGAGGCACUAACACAGCUACAGAGGCACUAACACAGCUACAGAGGCACUAACACAGCUACAGAGGCACUAACAGAGCUACAGAGGCACUAACACAGCUACAGAGGCACUAACACAGCUACAGAGGCACUAACAGAGCUACAGAGGCACUAACACAGCUACAGAGGCACUAACACAGCUACAGAGACACUAACAGAGCUACAGAGGCACUAACACAGCUACAGAGGCACUAACACAGCUACAGAGGCACUAACAGAGCUACAGAGGCACUAACACAGCUACAGAGGCACUGAGGCACUAACACAGCUACAGAGGCACUAACACAGCUACAGAGGCACUAACACAGCUACAGAGGCACUAACACAGCUACAGAGGCACAAACACAGCUACAGAGGCACUAACACAGCUACAGAGGCACUAACACAGCUACAGAGGCACUAACACAGCUACAGAGGCACUAACACAGCUACAGAGACACAAACACAGCUACAGGCUGGUAAUGUUGUCCAUGUAACCCGAUGGAGACUCAAAAACUUGAAGACCAAUUACAGACUACUGUGGACUUCGACACAGACCGCUAUGGACCCAAACACUAUAGUCCAUGUAGCCUACAGGUUUCAGACCUAAACACUAUAAUCCAUGAAGCCUACAGGUUUCAGACCUAAACACUAUAGUUCAUGAAGCCUACAGGUUUCAGACCUAAACACUAUAGUUCAUGAAGCCUACAGGUUUCAGACCUACAGUGCCUUGCAAAAGUAUUCAUCCCCCUUGGUGAUUUGCCUACUUUGUUGCAUUACAAACAGAUUUUUAUUUGGAUUUCAUGUAAUAGACAUACACAAAAUAGUACAAAUUGGUGAAGUGAAAUGAAGAAAAUUACUUGUUUAAAAGAAUUAAAUAAAAUUACAAACUGAAAAGUGGUGCGUGCAUAUGUUUUCACCCCCUUUGCUAUGAAGACCCUAAAUAAGAACUGGUGCAACCAAUUACCUUCAGAAGUCACAUAAUUAGUUAGAUUGUACACAGGUGGACUUUAUUUAAGUCACAUGAUCUCAGUAUAUAUACACCUGUUCUGAAAGGCCCCAGAGUCUGCAACACCACCAAGCAAGCGGUACCAUGAAGACCAAGGAGCUCUCCAAACAGGUCAGGGACACCAUGAAGACCAAGGAGCUCUCCAAACAGGUCAGGGACACCAUGAAGACCAAGGAGCUCUCCAAACAGGUCAGGGACACCAUGAA